AUGAGCUCAGACACAGUCUCCAAGGGUGACCUGACUCCUGCUACUCCGACGCUGCCUGAUAUUAGCACGGAGAAGGGCAGGCUUGCUCAGGAGGAGCUCCUCGAAACACCAGAAUGGCGAGCCCGAGAAAAGAGACUGGUCCGUAAACUGGACAUGACCCUGCUGCCAGUGGUCUGGAUCUUAUACUUGUUCAACUACCUCGAUCGAAACAACAUCUCUCAAGCCCGGCUCAACUCCUUUGAGAAAGACCUCGGAUUAACCGGCGACGAUUUCAAUACUGCUGUGUCCAUCCUGAACGUUGGAUAUAUGCUUGCCCAGCUCCCGUCCAACAUGCUCAUCACUCGCAUCAGGCCGAGUAUCUACUUGCCUGCCUGUGUCGCCAUCUGGUCAUGCGUGUCCGCCGCUACAGCAGCCGCAACAAGUUAUGCGGACCUGGUUGUUGUCCGUUUCUUCCUCGGAAUCGUGGAAGCUCCUUUCUUCCCAGGCGCCUUCUAUCUCUUGUCCUGCUGGUACACCAGAAAAGAACUAGCUCUACGCACCGCCGUUUUGUACUCCGGUCUCGUCCUCGCCACCGCAUUUUCAGGCUUGAUUGCAGCCGGCGUCUUCUCAGGCCUUGACGGAGCCAGGAACAUCGCGGGCUGGCAGUGGCUCUUCAUCAUCGACGGCGCGGGCAGCUUCUUCGCGGCCAUGGUCGCCUUCUUCCUUCUUCCCGAUUAUAUUGAGUCCAAGUCCGGAAGUGGCAAGUGGCUUUUCACCAAGGAAGAACGCGAGCUGGCUGCGAAGAGAAUGGCUCUCGAUCGUGUGUCACUGCCUGAGGCUGACCGCUCUGUUUGGUACGGCGUGCGGCUGGCCCUCAAGGACACCAGGACUUGGAUCUUUGUACUUCUUCUUUGCUCGAACCACACUGCCUACGGCUUCAACUACUUCUUCCCCACUAUCGUGAGUGGCUUUCACAUCGGCUCACAGACCAUCACCCUCGUCCUCACGGCACCUCCAUACCUCUUUGGCGCCGCCGUCUCGUUUGCAGUUGCCUACUCGAGCGACCGCCGCAACGAAAGAAGCUAUCACAUCUCGAUUCCAAUGGCCGUUGCAGCGGUAGGCUUCAUCAUCUCCACAGCUACCCUCAACAUUGGAGCCCGCUAUUUUGCAUCAUUCCUCUACUGCUCCGGCGCUUUUGCUGCCAACGCCAUGGUAUACUCGUGGGCUGCGAGUACGCUGAACCAGACACCCGAGAAGAGGGCUGCUGCGACGGCCAUCAUCAAUCUCCUCGCUCAGCUGGGUAAUAUCUGGAGCCCGUAUUUCUUCCGCCCACAAGAUGAACCUCGGUAUGCGCUCGCCAUGAUUUUGAUGAUGGUGUUUUCGUUUAUCAGUAUUGGGUGCUCCUCGUUGCUCAAGUUCUUGCUCCGGAGAGAGAAUGUCAAGCUGCUGAGAGAGGCAGAAGUCUCUGGACAGAGGGUCACUCUGUAUACUUUGUAA